AGAUUUUUCAAUAUUUAUUUAUUAACUUGCAUAUAGUCACAAAUAAAUAAAAUUGUAAAAAUUUUAAUGAAGUAUUAGGUAAUAAGUAUAAUGAAAUAUUGGUUUAACAGUGACUUGGUAACAUGACGUCUAAGAUGGACAGCAAGGAUGGCAUCAAUAUAGCGAUCAUACCACAGUUCUACGCGGGUAGAGAGGUGUUUAUCACUGGAGCCACUGGAUUCGUCGGCAAAGUGUUGGUUGAGCGACUGCUAUCCACGUGUCCUGACAUUUGCCGUCUACACCUGUUAAUAACAGUUAAGAGGGGUGAAUCACCAGAGGCGAGACUCGACAAGCUCAAGAAGUCUCCCAUAUACGAUGUCUUACAUAAAAACAAACCAGACCAGCUGAAGAAAUUGAGCUUAGUCCACGGAGAUUUCAAUGAAGUUGACCUCGGAAUCACCGAUAAAGCUAUAGAUGCUCUCAGAGAUGUAUCGAUAGUGUUCCACCUAGCUGCAUCGGUCAAUAUGGAGGAAAAUCUACUCACGGCGGUGAAAGUCAAUACUAUAGCAACCAUGGCUUUGUUGGAUAUCUGCCAUCGGUUACCGAAAAUAGCGGCCUUUAUCCACGUGUCUACAGGAUAUAGUAACGCAGAGCGUACUCUGAUAGAGGAGACGGUAUAUCCGCUUCCACGCCCACUCGACACUAUGAUUGAAGAAUCGCUCAAGGGAGGACAAAUGACCUUAGAUGAAAUCAAGAGGUGA